AUGUCACCAUCACCAUUAUCGUUACCGCCACCGCCACCGCCGUUAGCGGCAGUUGAUACCCGCUCAUUUUUUAAACUUCAUUGGACGUGCUUCAGAGUGCUCGGUAUUAACGCGCCCUCGUCUAACACCUACUACUCGGUGCUGCUGCAAGUACUCGUCACCCUCUGCUAUCCAUUUCAUCUCGCCUUGGCGCUCUUCAGCAGCCCUGAUGCCUCGAUCAAUAUUCAGAAUCUCACCGUGUGUGUCACCUGUGUGGCCUGCAGCAUGAAAUUUGUCUUCUACGCCACGAGAUUGUCGCGCAUACGUGAGCUGGAGUCCAUCAUUGCCGCAUUGGAUGCACGUGCCCGGAGUCUGUGUGAGCGUCGUUACUUCGUACAGUUACGUAAGGAAUUGCGUCGCAUUACCAUCUGCUUUCUCUGUAUUUAUACCGUUGUGGGCGUGACGGCGGAGCUGAUGUUUAUUUUUCAUAAUGAGCGUAAUUUGUUGUAUCCGGCUUGGUUUCCGUUCGAUUGGCGUGCCAGCAAUUUGAAGUUCUAUGCAGCGCAUUCUUAUCAAAUCGUCGGCAUCUCCUACCAAUUGCUGCAGAAUUUCGUUAACGAUUGCUUUCCGACUAUGGCUUUGGCGCUGUUGUCGGCGCACAUCAAAUUGCUGGGUAUUAGAGUUUCGCAAAUUGGCCACGAGACGGCGAGUCUCGGGGCGAAUGAGGCGGAGUUGUUGCAUUGCAUCAAAGAUCAAGAACAGCUCUACAACGUGCUCAACAUCAUUCAAAAUAUCAUCUCGCUGCCGAUGUUUCUGCAAUUCACCGUUACUGCUAUCAACUUAUGUCUAGGAAUGGCCGCAUUACUAUACUUUGUGGAUGCACCUUUCGAUCGCUUGUACUAUUUGGCAUAUUUGCUGGCGUUGCCGUUGCAAAUCUUUCCCAUCUGUUACUAUGGCACAACAUUUCAAUUACUUUUCGAUAAGCUGCACGUCGAGAUGUUCGCCAGCAACUGGGUGGAGCAGACACACAAAUUUCGCAAGCAUAUGAUACUCUUUUGCGAACGCUCGUUGAUGAGUCAAACAGCCAUGGCCGGCGGUAUUGUACGCAUUCACUUGGAUACUUUCAUUUCGACCUGCAAAGCAGCUUACUCUCUGUUGGCUGUCAUAAUGAAGAUGAAUGAAUGAAUACAGAUGCAAGUAACUGGUUAUCGGAAUUUCUGCAUAUGAGCUUGUAUUUAUUUUCACCUUCUACUAUUUAUACAUGCAUAUGCACCAGAUGUAUUGCACACGUAGUCCGAUAGCAUUGAAACACAAUACAAUAAAUUUAUGAAAGAGGAA